UCCGGGCAACGAGGGCAAGGCUGCCGCACAUGCACCCUGGUCAGAGGUCUUGAGUGUAAUUGAGCAAAAUGCGUCUCAAGGAUUAUCCCGAAAUUGUUUUGGAUGAUAUACCAAAGCUGUAUGAGAGCCACAUUAAAGUAUUCAUAACGCAUCUUUAUGGCUUAGAGGAGAAAGUGGACAGACUGCCCAAACAGUUCUGCAAGAUGUAUACACUGCAACCAAUUGCAACUCAGUUGCUGCAUUAUUUGCGUUCCCGUUCGGCCAACAUUUCGGAGCAGGAUUUUCACAUAGUCAAAAAUUCGGAACCGUUUACGGUGCGCCUCAGCGAUGGCAAACGCUUGGAGAUGAUGCUCUGUGCCGGGAAUGAGCUGGAAAAUGCUUUAAUGCUGCUAAUCCGUAAAUUGCAUGGAGAAAGAUUGCUCUACUACUAUUCUGCUGUGCAGCAGGAUGAUCUCUGUAAGCUGAUGGGCAAUGCUAGCUACCAGAAAUGGAUAGCACAGGGCACCGAGGUGCUCUUCCUAAAUCUUCAGGCUGUGGAUCAGACAUUUAAACAUAUUGAUUUUGAAGAAGUAGCCAAAGCAAUCACCAAAAAUGAACAAACCGUGCUCAAGAUACCCCUCCUUGGCUAUGAGUAUCUGAUCCGAAGACUCGCCCAAACUGCGACACUCUAUGGUCACAUCAGUCUUAAAGGAAACUAUCUGGAGAGUUACAAAAGUUUGAGUCCAGAUCUGCGACACUUUGAGCAGCCCGGCUAUAAAGUGACUGUCCUUGUCAAGUCUCCCUUCGAUGGACCAGAUAAGCUAUACCCACUGGAGAAGCUUCAGUGGUCCCCGGUGCCGAAUCGCAUAAAUCUCAUCCAGCUUUGCAGCCUGCUCCGUCCGUUGCAUAUUCACGGAAUUGUCACUUUUCAUGCCAAUGGAAUUGUGCCACCAGCUCCGCAGUAUUUGAAACGCUUCCGUUUCAACUACUCACCCAGAAGUGUUGUGCCGGAAAUGGAGGUUCAUGUGCCAGAGACCCAGUUAAUUGAAUUGUCAACUGAGAAAGCUGCCCAAUCUCCAGCCAAAUCUCAGCAAGGAGGAACAACUCCAAGUAAGGAUCCAAUUGUGCUUUCCAAGCAAAGGAAGCUCGUCUUUGUUGAUUACGAUGAUGAUGAUGAGGACCUCUAACAAUUUACUAGUAUUUAUUUACCUUGUAUUUAA